AUGUCACGGCCUGCUGAAUAUCCUUGGUUGUCCUACCAACCUAUAAGACUUUUCUAUACCUUGUCACGGUUUGGUCUCAUCAUUGCCCACCUACCCUACUGGACUUUAGUUUCUCUCAUCCCAGCCUGUCGGCCGAUUAGAUCAUGGACAUUCCGCCAGGCCUAUAUGAACUCCUUGGGCGAAGCCUUGACGUACGUCUUGUCUCGGGUUAGGAUCCUUGAGGAUCUCUCUUUCGAGGCGGGCAGCAAGGGCGACCGCUGGCAAGUACUCGAACCAUUCGAGGAACACUUUUAUACUGGCCCUCUGAAUUCACCUAAUAUUCAACCGGCUAAAGUAGGCGGGACGUGGUACCCGAGCAAACCCGCGACCGAGGAUUUGAAAGGUUGCCUGCAAAGCAUCAUCGUCCACAUCCACGGUGGUGCUUUUGUCAUGGGCAACGGGCGUACGGCUCAUAGCGGCUUCUUGGCAAGGACUCUUGUCGAGCACGCCCAGGCCGACGCCGACACAUUAACGAGCUAUCUCUACAUGGUCCGUGACCUGGGUAUCUCGCCAAAUCGUAUCGUCUUAAGCGGCGACAGCGCCGGUGCCAACCUCGCAAUCGCAUUGUUGCGCUAUAUCGAGGAGUUCGGAUCCGAGCUUGGGCUUUCAGAAGCUCGACCCAGCUGCGCUGUUUCGAUAUCGCCAUGGUCGCCCCAUUGGAAGACCGACUACUUGCCGGUAUUAUUUCUUCGACGGGGGGCUACGACAUAUGGUGGAAAGAGACUGAAAGAAGAUCCUCAUGCUACAGCCAUAGGCAACCCCUACAAAACGUCUGUCCCCAUAUUCGUUGGGAUGGGCCAGGGAGGGGUCCUUCAAGAUGAAGGAGCACGAUGGGCUCGAGAGAUGCAGGCAAUCGACGGAAAUCAUACACAAGUGGAGUACGAAGAGAACGCCACGCAUGACACGUUGCUAAUGGGGGCAAUGCUUGCUUGGGAAGAAAGCGCCCAAAAAGUGGCUACGAAUAUCGGACAGUUUAUCGGGAAGCAUCAGAGCGGCCUAAAUAUUUGA